AUGGCGCCCCCCGAGGCAGACGUGUUUGCUCGCUCUGCUCAAGAAUGCCGGCUUUUUCUUCUCUUUCUGUGCAUUAACGCUCUCUUUACAGUGCACAAGUGCCAGGCACUCUUAACUUACGACAGACAAACUCUGCUGGACAUCGCAAAAGACAACAUGCACAGAUUUAGCGGCUUUAUUCCACCGGAGCUACAACCCAUUGUCCGCUCCCGCAGCCACCACCACCAAAACCAGGAAGACCCAGACCUACCGACCGCGAGUGAGCACUCUGAUCCGAGUAGAGUGCUUCAGAGGCGGCGACGCAAGCGAGGCAAGAGGGGAGGGCUGCAUGCUAGGCUAAAGGCUCGCGCUAGCCGACCACCAGUGCCUAGCCUCUUGCUAGCUAACGUGCGGUCACUGGAGAACAAGCUGGACGAGCUGAGAGCUAGGAUAACAUCUCAGCGGGAAACAAGAGAGUGCUGCGCUCUAAUCUUUACUGAAACCUGGCUCUCAGACAGAGUACUGGACAGCGCUAUCCAGCCAGAGACUCACUCUGUGCAUCGCGGAGAUCGCACGGCAGCCUCCGCGCUCGGCAAACUCCAUGACGUCAUCAGCGCGUUAGAGACGGCUCACCCUGAUGCCGUGUUUAUCAUUGCCGGUGACUUCAACCAGUGCAACUUACGGACUGUAUUUCCGAAAUACUACCGUGGACGUUCCAACUCACAAAGGCUGAAACAAUCACAUCCGGUUACCAAAACAGUUCAAGUAUGGUCUCCGGAGACUGAGAGCAUACUGCAGGACUGUUUUGCUACGACAGACUGGGAUGUGUUUAAAGCUGCAGCCACUACGGAGGACUCUUCUGUCAGCAUACAGGAAUAUGCUGAACAUGUGUCUGGCUACAUCAGCACGUGUGUGGAUUACAUCGUGCCCACCACACAAGUGAAGAGGUUCCCCAACCAGAAGCCCUGGAUUAACAGUCAGGUACGACACAUGCUCCAUGCUCGCUCUCUUGCAUACAGAUCAGGCAAUGAGACAGAGUACAAAGCUACGAAGUACAGACUGAGGAAAGUCAUCACAGCAGCCAAGAGGCAGUACAGAGAGAAACUGGAUGGCUUCUACUCCACUGCUGACUCCAGGCAGAUGUGGCAAGGCCUCCAACACAUUACAGAAUACAGGACCAUCACCAGCAACAUCAGCUCCACAGACAGCCUACCGGACGACCUCAUCACCUUCUACACCCGCUUCGAAACCUCCAGCACUAGCACCGGGAGGUUCACACACACACAGCCCACACAACCCCUGUCCCCCCCUCUGUCAGUAUCAACAGGCCAGGUCUGCAGAGCUCUGAGAAAGAUCAACCCCCGCAAGGCACCAGGACCAGACAAGAUUCCUGGGCGGGCCCUCAGAGCAUGUGUGAACGAGCUGGCUAAUGUACUGACCUCCAUUUUCAAUCUCUCUCUCAGCCAGAGCAUUGUUCCUACCUGCUAUAAAAGGACAGUCAUUGUCCCCAUUCCUAAGAAGAGCCCCCCCACCAGCCUGAAUGACUACAGACCAGUAGCACUCACUCCAAUCAUUAUGAAGUGCUUUGAGAGAGUGGUGCUGGCCCACAUACAAGACAGUAUACCAGACACGCUGGACCCCCUGCAGCCCCAGUCUGUCAGGAUCAGCAACAGGACUUCAGCCAGCAUCACCACCUACAUCGGCACUCCACAGGGCUGCGUCCUCAGCCCUAUUCUCUACACCCUCUUCACCCAUGACUCCAUCAGCACUGCAAGAGCAGAACCGCCUGAAGCCAGUGGCGCACACUGGAUUAACAUCCAACUGAACAUGGACCCAAAGACCAGGAUGCUCACUUUAAUGCUCGUAGCCAGUGCUCUCAGUGCUUCACUAUUAACUGAUGGUUUAAAUAUAAGGCUUGUCGAUGGUGAUGGUGUCUGCUCUGGUAGAGUGGAGGUCUAUUAUAACGGCCAGUGGGGAACAGUAUGUGAUGAUAGCUGGGACGACAAAGAUGCUGCGGUGGUGUGCAGAGAGAUGGGAUGUGGCAGAGCAGAUAGAGCCACAGAAAGUGCCCACUUUGGUCAGGGACAUGACCCAAUAUGGAUGGAUGAUGUGUAUUGUUCCGGACGUGAAAGCUCCAUCACAGCAUGCAGGCAUAAUGGAUGGGGUAAACACAACUGUAAACAUAAUGAAGAUGCUGGUGUUGUGUGCUCAGGUCCUGAUGAGAUCAGGCUGGUGAAUGGUAAGAGUCGCUGUUGUGGCAGAGUAGAGAUCAAACACAACGGCUGGUGGGGAACAGUGUGUGAUGAUGACUGGGACAUCAAUGAUGCAGCGGUGGUUUGCAGACAGAUGGGAUGUGGCAAAGCAGUCAGCGCACACAGCGAUGCCCAUUUUGGUCAGGGAAGUGAACCAACAUGGCUGGAUGAUGUUGGAUGUAGAGGAACUGAGAAUUACUUAACUCAGUGUUCACACAGAGGAUUUGGAAAGGAGGACUGUGGACAUCAAGAAGAUGCUGGAGUUGUUUGCUCAAAUGUCCUACAGAGUCCCUCACUCACCCUGACCUCAUCACCCUCUGCUGUCUCGCCUGGGGAAGCUGUUCAGUUCAAAUGUGCCUUGACCAACCCAACCUGCAUCUCUGCAAACUUCCGUUUGUACAGCAAUGGCAGAGCAGUAAAAUCCCAAACAUCCGAAUCUUCAACAACAUUUGUUUUGACUGUGGAUUCCUCACAUCAGGGUCAGUACAGCUGUGACUAUUCAUACCAGGGAAGUAGCUCCAUCACAUCCUCCAGAAGCAACUCCAUUGACAUUACUGUGGUAAUUUUACAAACUCCACGCAUCUCUCUCAGUCCCACCAAGGAGGUCACAUGGGGACGGAAGGUUGACAUCACCUGCUCUGUAGAAACCCAGUUCACAGGUGGAUCCUUCACUCUGAUACAGAACUCUGGGUCAUUUAGAGAGACCAAGAGUGGAACCUCUGUCACCUUCAGUUUACCAAAAGUGGACUUUGUUCAUGAGGGGUCUUACUACUGCCAGUACCAGACCAGAGUGUCCAGUCGUGAUUUCAGUUCUCCACAGAGCAGCUCUGUUCAUUUCUCUGUUGUAGUGAACUUGUUGCAGCCCAAUAUUUCCUUCAGUGGUCCUGAUGGAAGGAUCUAUUGGGGAACUCAGUGGCAAGAGGCGACCAGGGGCUACAGCUUCUCCAUCAUCUGCUCCACCAAACCACAGUAUCCAGGAGGCUCUUUCCACUUGGAGUUCAGUGGAUCCAGUAUCACCAGAACUCAGUCAGCUGUUAACCACUCAACUACCUUCUUCUUUCCUGAGGCAGAUUUUAUCCACCAGGGAAAUUACAGCUGUGUUUAUGAAGUAAACGUGUCUUCACGCACAUUUAGCUCUUCUACCACUGAACUCUUGGCUGUCUCUGUGAAAGCAUCACUGGCUCUCUUCAUCGGUUUUGGAGUGGCAGCAGGACUGUUACUCAUAUUAGUGCCAGUCAUCAUUUUCUUCACAAGAAAAUGCACAAAGCAAAAGGACCAGAUGGCUGUUAAAAUGGAUCACAGACUUUGUGCCGAAAACACAUACAGGAUUACUGGAGGCAAGAAUGAAAUGGAUCAUUUUGAUGAUGACGACUCUGAAGAUUACGAAAACGCAGAAACAAUUUUUUGCCAGAAAGAAGACUCAGAUGAUUCUAGUGAGGACUAUGUUAAUAUAGAGGAUGAAAUGGAGAAUAUCGGACUGGGCAAUGGCUAUGCAGGUGUCAAAACCUCAUGGGGGAUUACCUACACAGGGAACAAGUUUGACGACGACGAUGAUGAUGAUGAUGAUUAUGAAAAUAUAGAAGUCGCUGUCCACCAGAGAGAGGAUUCAGAUAUCUCUGAUGAGGACUACGUUGACAUAGAUAUGGAUACACAGAAAAUGUCUGAGGAUGACUUGUAACCACUAGCGUAGAGUCCACUAAUAGUUUUGCUACAAAGACAUUUGAUAAGGGAGGGUAUCACCUGGGACCGUGUAUACGUUGCGCGGUGUAUGGCAAUUAAACAGCAAGUUAGGCUGACUUACAGCAGUCUCCUGAGGCUGAAAGGCAUACAAGAUGAUUUAAUGUACAAUAGGACAUAUGUUAAUUGAACAAACCAAAGUAAUUUCCAGCUCCCAAUCCACACCAUCAAACAGUCACCGAGUGAGUGACCAUUACCCAACACAAAUAAAGUCCGUAGGCUGUUUUGUAGCUUUUAGUCAAUAAGUUGGUGGUAACACAGCUCACAUAGAAGGUCUCUUCAGUAGUAGUCUUGCGAUGGAGAAGCAGAAGGUGGCCAGUGAGGCGGCUAAUAGUGAGGUUGAGUGAAGCAGGAAUGAUGUACCAAGAGACCUAAGAAGUCCCAGCUUCAGCCACCUAAAACCGUCUAGGGCAUAUGAAGUCUCCUUAACAGGCAGCAAACCCACGGUUUCCUGUUAAGGAGACAAUCCGCAUGGAGGAUGUGCCACCUGCACACAAUAUCCUCCCUGUCACCUGCUUGGCUUCUUCUAUUCAUACACACCCCAAGGGAGCCUCUCUACUGACCCCAUGAGGAUGGGAAGAGGAACUACAGCAAAAUAUAUCUAGAGCCCUACUGACAGAUAACCAGUUUGGUUACAGACUAUGAGGAUUAACAAAUUUAUUCAAACAUGGAUUAGGAUGUUAAAAACUAUUUACUUAUCCAGUGUCACUUUAAUCCAAACUUAUUUUAAAUUAAUAAAAAAUAAUCAAUGGUAA